AUGAUUGCUAAGAAGAUAGAGGAAACAGAGCCUGGGUGCAUUGGGAAGAAGCUAUAUCAUCUACGUGUCUUGGCGAGCCCAUACAUCACAGCACAGGACUUCCUGGAAAACAUCAAGAAGGUGGAGAGCAGCACAGACUUGAAAAAACUAGGAGAAAAGCUGGAGAAGGUAUCUCAGAUCCGACGGCUGACAGCAUCGUUCAUGAAGUUGGCAGGGGUGAGCGAAGAUGAACUAGAAACCUAUUCUAGUCAUCUCACGGAACACGCCUUGGAACCAUACCUUAAAAUGAAAAACGCAGAAAAAAACCUGGAAUGGAAAAGUUAUGUACAGCGCUGCACGAAUGGUGAAAUCAAUGAAACAAUGCGGAAAGCUCCAGAUUACGAAGUCAAGAUGAUCCUAGGAAAUGUAUUUCGGCUCCCUGAUGGUGUUUUCAAAGAACCUUUCUGCGCAGCAGCCUUCUCAAUCAAGAGCUUUGAUGAGGCAAAAGAAUGUAUGUUGGGACUUCAGGAGCACCAGACCCUUCACAAAGCACCAAGGGAAAUACCCAUCGCCUUCAUAACCGAGGAGAUUGUUGUUGCUGCUGCGAUACAGGGAGCACUUGUAGGACCACAAUCAAGGACCGGUGUGGUAAUCGUUAAUGCGGCUCCAAGAAAAGGGAGCCUCUUCACUCAGCGCCAUUCCUACGCCGUGAUUUGCAGCGGAUCAAGGAUCCAGGGUCUGGCCUCAUCCAUCCUUACAGUGAGGGACGUUUUGACAAGCUUGAAGGCAAAAGACGGAUGGAUGCUUUCCAAUGUUCGACUCAGGUCAUGGGAACUUCCCUCCACUUCAAAGAUCGCCUCUCUUGUUAAUCUGGAGUUCGAAGAUCGUACGAGGGGACGGACAUCAGGGAUUCCAUCCGAGUCGAACACAGCCCAAGAUCUCAUAGAAUCGCCUGACAGCAUGUCUCCGGAGAGGAUAGAGGCGCUUCACACAAUAGAAUCUGACACCCACUGA